GCCCGCCGCUUGUCCGACCAGCUGGGCGUGGUCGUCAAGGUCCGCGAGAAGCAGGCGUCGUUCGGCAAGCCGGGCGAGAAGGGUGACCUGUCGCCUAAGGAGACGCAAUGGCGCUCGUCCAUGACGCUGCUACUGAACACGCCCAAGAGCGAUGUCGUCUGCGAGCUGCACGAGGUGAUCGAGACCAGCAGGAACUACUACGUCGUCAUGGAGAGCAUACGCGGCCAGGACUUGUUCGAGACGGCGACCAAGGACCGCGUCGGCCACGCAGAGGCGAGGGAGAUCAUCAGGCAGAUCCUGGUCGGACUGCAGCUCCUGCAUGGCGCAGGCCAGAUGCACAAGGACCAACGAGGGGGGGCCUGCAGGUGUCCCGGAGAGAGCCGGGAGGCGGCGGCCCCACGGCGGUCCGCGCGAAGCUGAUCGACUUCGACACGGUGGAAAGCUGGCAGCCCGGCGCCCCGAGGGCCUCCGAGGUGCUCGGGACCGACGGCUACAUCGCCCCCGAGGCGUACCUGGGUGAGUAUUCCCCCGCUGUCGACAUCUACUGCGCCGGCGUCAUCAUGUACAAGCUGCUCACUCGAAGGUGGCCGUCGCCGAGCGACUUCUUCGACGACGAGCCGGGCCAGAACUGGGUGGGCAGUCCCGCCAUGCUGCGGAUCCACGAGCGCCUGAAGGUCGCGCAGGUCAACUUCCGCCGCCAGCCCCUGAACGCCACCCCCGAGGCGGCCGCGCUGUGCAGCAGGCUGCUGGCCUUCGACCCCGCGGCGCGCCCGUCGGCCGAGGAGGCGCUGCGCCACCCGUGGUUCUCGCUGCCGGAGGAGGCGCUGCAGCAGGGCAGGCCCGCCGCGAGGCGUUGACGCGGCCCCGGCGACAGAGUCCGCUAGCCGUGCCCAUAGGCGGCAGCUGGGGGCAUCUGCGUGCACACUCCGAGCCAUCCCGUCGGGCACGUGGACCGUCGGCCUCGCGCGCCGCGCCGCCAGCGCCGGCCCACCACGCUCCGGCGCAGCGCGCCGACCACGCCCCGCUGUCCCCGAGCGCCCGCGCCCCGGGCUCGUCCCGGUUCCCCCCCCCGCCCCGCAGUCGGGGGCGGAUAAGAGGGGGGGUGAUGACCAGGGGGGUGAUCGGCACGCCGCCCCCUCGAAGGGCGUAUGCGUCUCGCCGGGGCCGGCGCCGCCGCGGCACGGCGAGCCAAGGCUCACGGCCGUAACCACGAGCUGUGUGCGAUGCGCGCAUGUGUCUUCUCUCCGAGGGGCGCACUCUCUAAGAGAGGGGGCGCUCCAUCGGGACGAGGCCCGGCGUGCGGAUCGGUGCGGCGCUGGUGCCAUGGGUUCCGGAG